ACAGCUCAGGCAGGCAGUCACACUGUGAGCUCCAGACCUUUCGGAGGGAAGUAGAACCACAUCAGUCCAUGCUGGGGAAACCUGGGCUCCAUCCACGCCAGAGGACUGUCAGCUUCUCUUUAAUGCAUGUCUUGUCUCCAGAGGUUUACUAGAGGGAUUGAUCAGGGCUAAAAGAGAAGACACACAUCAUCUAUCUUCUCCAAUGCUUCUGACAGAGGAGUCUGGUCUUCUCUAUUUUCAUAGGUGAGCCAGAUGACCCUCCUCGUGCCAACCCACAUUCAGUGCAAAACCAAGGUAAAGUGUCUGUGUGUGAUGGUGUUCUUGAGUCUCCCCUUGACCAUGGGAGACCCUGGUCCGUGCAGACACUCCAUCACCAGAGAUCACCUGCUGACCAUAAGACACCUGAUAGAUAACCAGUUGCAGAGUGGAUGCUCAAUAACCUACACAUUUAUUGAGCAGAGAAGUUUGAAUAAAUGCUGCUAUGUAAAAGCUGCCAUGCCCUGGAUCUUGGAACUCCUGACCGGACACUUCAGAUACACUCGGGGAUCAGACAACCACAGCUACGUGUUGUCGCUGACCGGUCUCAUCCACAACAUUUACUCCCAGAGAUGUGUACCACAGAUCAAUGAGGAGCUGGAGGACGACCCAGUGAGUUUUGGAAUGUCAUUCAGCAGUUCUCCGUCUGAGGCCCUGGGGAGGGUCCAGGAUGUCCUGUCUGUGUACUGGGAGCUGGUGACCACCAUGGACUCACCAGUAGACUGGAGCUGUGAGAGGGAGUACACAGACACUGCAGAGCCUCCCACAGCCCUCCCUACAGCACUCUCUCUGACUACAGUCAGCACCCUUUGGGACUCAGAGAAAGCCCCUCAGACUAGUCUAGAUGGAGACCAAGAUAGAGACCUGUACAAGUUUGGUUUCAUGGUCAUAGCUCCAUCAGUCUGUGGAGGAUUGCUGUUCAUAUUCACUCUCUAUUGCCUCAUCACACACAAGAUGUCCUACAGUACUGACCAUCACACAUCACUAGGGUACCAAAAUUCAAGUUUGCAUACAGAUAUUCAGGACAUAGAGAUGCAGGUGGAAUAAAGCCGUAAAAGAUUGCUGGAGAUGGAGGAGCACAUCCAAGGAGGAGGAUAUACCAUCAAGCUCUCAUCUCUAAUAAACAAUGUACAAUGGUGGGUUACAUAUUAUAUAUUUGAUUGAUAUAACAUCCUAUGGACAUUUCCAGUCUUUUUCUGGCCUACAGGCACUAUGAAUGGAUUUGAAUGGACCUUAUCUUUAUGAGAAUGCUAUUCAAAGAUGGGAUAUUUUGAUAAUCUAUGUUGUAUAUUGUGUGUAUGUAUGUAUAUAUAUAUAAUGUAUGUAUACAUAUAUAUUUAUAACUUGACUUAAAAUCUAUAUUUUCUUAUACUGUUUAUGAUGAUUGAUCUGGUGAAUAAUGUGCCUUUGUCCACUGUAAAAAACAAGAAUUGUUUAGUUUUUUCAAAUUGACUGGUAAAAAAGUUUAAUUAGAAGAAUUCCUAUACAAUUAUCGCCAACAUUACUGAUAAUCAUACUUAACUAUCCAUACAGAAAAAAUACAUGAUUUCCCAUGUGAAAAUAUGUGUUUUUGGAAGACUUCACAUGUGAUCACAUUUUCACAUGUGUAGUUUCAUGUUAUCACAUGUUGCUUUACAUGUUGUCACAUGUUAUCACAUUCACUUCACAUAAGAUCACGUGUUUUUGGAACACUUCAAGUAUCCACAUGAAAACAUGUGUUUUUGGAAUGCUUCACGUGUCCAUAUUAAAAUGUCAUGUGUCCAAGAAAACAUGUGUUUUUGGAAGACUUUCUCCAUUAAGGGCUAAUAGGGUUUGAAUUGUAGUUUGUACCAUUGAUGUCUUCCAGUUCUUUGCUUGUGGGGGAUUAAUGUACAUUUAUCCAGAAUGUUGCAAACUUCCUUCGAAACAGCCAAUCAACACGCUCAUUAAAACUUUAAAAGCCAUUUCAUAGCCAGUAUAUACAUUUUUUCUCACCACUUCGUACAUAAACUCAGCAAAAAAAGAAACGUCCUCUCACUGUCAACUGCGUUUACUUUCAGCAAACUUAACAUGUGUAAAUAUUUGUCUGAACAUGACAAGAUUCAACAAUUGAGACGAACUGAACAAGUUCCACAGACAUGUGACUAACAUACAUUUAAUAAUGUGUCCCUGAUCAAAGGGGGGUCAAAAUCAAAAGUAACAGUUAGUAUCUGGUGUGGCCACCAGCUGCAUUAAGUACUGCAGUGCAUCUCCUCCUCAUGGACUGCACCAAAUUUGCCAGUUCUUGCUCUUCCACCAAGGCACCUGCAAGUUCCCGGACAUUUCUGGGGGGAAUGGCCCUAGCCCUCACCCUCCGAUCCAACAGGUCCCAGACGUGCUCAAUGGGAUUGAGAUCCGGGAUCUUCGCUGGCCAUGGCAGAACACUGACAUUCCUGUCUUGCAGGAAAUCACGUGCAGGAUGAGCAGUAUGGCUGGUGGCAUUGUCAUGCUGGAGGGUCAUGUCAGGAUGAGCCUGCAGGAAGGGUACCACAUGAGGGAGGACGAUGUCUUCCCUGAAACGUACAGCGUUGAGAUUGCCUGCAAUGACAACAAGUUCAGUCCGAUGAUGCUGUGACACACCGCCCCAGACCAUGACAGACGUAACUCGGGCAGUUGUUGUUGCCAUCCUGAACCUGUCCCGUAAGUAUGAUGUUCGGAUGCACCGAUCCUGUGCAGGUGUUGUUACACGUGGUCUGCCACUGCGAGGACAAUCAGCUGUCCGUCCUGUCUCACUGUAGAGCUGUCUUAGGCGUCUCACAGUACGGACAAUGCAAUUUAUUGCCCUGGCCACAUCUGCAGUCCUCAAGCCUCCUUGCAGCACGCCUAAGGCACGUUCACGCAUAUGAGCAGGGACGCUGAUCAUCAUUCUUUUGGUGUUUUUCAGAGUCAAUAGAAAGGCCUCUUUAGUGUCCUAUGUUUUCAUAACUGUGACCUUAAUUGCCUACCGCCUGUAAGCUGUUAGUGUUUUAACAUCCGUAUGUUCAUUAAUUGAUUAUGGUUCAUUGAACAAGCAUGGGAAACAGUGUUUAAACCCUUUACAAAUGAAGAUCUGUGAAGCAAUUUGGAUUUUACAAUUGAUCUUUGAAAGACAAGGUCCUGAAAAAGGGAGGUUUCUCUUUUUGCUGAGUUUAUUUUAAAAUGUUUAAGUCUACUUGUAGGCCUACCUACUAAUACAGCUGUUUACUACACCCUGGGCCUAGAACAUGUAUCAUGUUGUUACUAUACAGUUAUCCUAGAAUAAAUACUGAGUUAUUAAAAGAGAGCUCGGAUCAGCAUUACAGAAGGUAUCGAAUAACACAUGAUCAGCAAUAACACUGUAAUUCAUUUAAAUAUCUUGUCAGAUCUUUGGUUGGAGAGAAACAUAUUAAAACACCUGGAAUGCCUAGACAUUAUGACCUAUUCCCACCCUGCACCUGGAUAGCAAUGAUGGAUAUUACUCUACAAACUGAUACUAAUUUGCUUGUCAUUACUUUGGGAGGAGUUCAAGUUUGAGCUAUUGAACUGAGUCAAUCUGCAUCCCUCCAAUUGUCAGCAUCGUUAAAGCACUCUCAACUCUGGUUUAAAAUUAACUGGAUCUAUAGAUAUUUGGGAAACGUAUUAGGCUUAGGGUUGAGUGUCGAGUGUAAUAGCAGUUAUGAUAACAAAAAUAAUUCCAUCAAUCCAGAUGCAUCAGAUAUCAAAAGCUCUGCCAUUCCUCUGCCCUUUUUGAUCAGUUAAUACUUCUUGUAGACAAUACACAGGCUAGCAGUGGUGUUGGUCUACUAGCUUUUCCCUGAAUACUUUUUAAGGAAGCCAAAAUGUGUUUUAAUUCUCCAUAACCUCCAUAACAUUCUACAAGUGUAUAACAUAUCCACAGUGUCGGUCAUCUGUUAAUAUACUCUUUUAACAUUAUUGCUUAGAAUCGUCAAUUAUAUUCCUAACAACCAUUUAGUUUGUCUUAUUUUUGAAGGCAUCCAUUUUAAGGUAAAACUAAUGCAUUCUGGGAAAUCAAUUAUAAUGUUUUGUUUUCCUUGAUCAUUCAUUUUAAGAAUUUUUCCUGAAAAUCAAUUGUUUCAACAAUAUUUGAUAUGCUCGUAUAUAACAACAUGUAUAAUCUUUUAUGUACAAGAUAUACAGUAUAUUUGUAUAGAUUACACCUAAUAUAGAAUAUAAGAGGCAUUUGAAUGUUAUUGAAUUCUAUUUCCUUAAAUUUCAUUAAAAUUUGAAUUGCAAUUCUG